AUGAUGUUCACGUAUCCUCGCAAUGGCGCAUUGAGGUCGUCCUGGACUAGCACCGUAGCUGUUUGCAGCGGUCUCCUAUUUCUUCUUACCACUCCCAUUGCCGUGCAUGCCCAAGUUGUUGUCGAAAAUGUGGUUACUAGUGCCGAGUCGGCCACAAUCGUCAUUGGCGGCGAUAGAGGAUGGACUGAAGGGGUCUGUUACCAACCAGUCCAAGGUGGCACUGGUGUCUUUCCUGGCGAUCGGUUGGAAUUUCGUUUUGCUGCCCACAAUGUCUACCAAAUGGCUUCACUCCAAGACUUUAUGGAUUGUAACUUUACUGAUGCCACUCUCUUGGCACAAGUUGGAGAGGCCCCUUUUACAUACACCAUCCCUGACGAAUCCGAAGAUGUAUUGUACUUUGCCUGCCAGGUUGGCGAUCAUUGUUCUUCUGGCACGCAAAAGGUACAAGUCCCCGUAACCUCCUUUUGGACUGGCGGUGGAGGUGAGCGUCUACCACCUGUCUCUAGUGUUAUCUUUGGAGCUUCAGCGGAUGACUGCAAUGCAUUGCAAUCAGGAGUAGUUGAUGAAAGCACCCAAUUGGAGGCAAACAGGUUGCAAGCGGAAUGCAGCGAUCCAGAGCCAGUGGAGGGCGAACCGCAUACCUUCACCAGAUCCUGUUUGAGUGGACCAGCUACUUUGACACCCGGCGGAGUCAUAAACCGACUAUUCUUGAUGUACUACCCAUUCCCCCGAGACACCCGUGUGGCUUUGGGGCAAAGGAACUUUGAGUUUGUCACUGGGUCGUUUGAAGAAGGGAUCGUCCCAGUGCCCGUCAACCAAUUGUAUGUCCAUCAUUUGUCUGGAAACAUUGUCUUCGGGCAAGGAGCUGAAGGAUUGCGUCAAGACGCCCCAGAUGCCCCUUUCAAGGAGCCUUAUGCUAUCAUGUCAGGAGAUGAAGGAGAUUUCACCAUCAUGCAUUUGAUCGAUUUGCGAGAAGUCGACGAUUGGUUGUCUUGUAUUGAAUGCCGAUGUCCUACCAGCAGCGACGGAAGCUACCUGGAUGAGCUGGCCAACACUGGAAACAUCACAGGAGGAGUCACUGUUGCACCAAUCUAUCGAAGAGGUCCAGCUACUACGUUGCGUGGCCCACUUGCAUGUGGCUGCCAUUGGCCAGUGGUUGGAAGAUGUGAAACCGGUGAACUCUUGUGCUCUGGAGAAACCAUCUAUGGAACCAAUCCAGAGACAGACGAAGGCUUCUUGACAGCAGUGUCCGUCGACGACCACGAUCCACCCAUUACCUUCCCAGCUGAUCGUGUGGUGCGAUUUGUUACGGACUACAAUGCAACAAAUCUCCAUACUGGAGUCAUGGGAUACUUGUUCGUUUUCGUGGCUACGCCCAACCAAGUAACCUCGAAAGACGUUAACCUAACAGUGGAUGUGUGCAUCCAAUCUACCUGUGAUACUUCGUUGCUUCCUGAUAUUGAUCUGGAGGCCUUUCAAACGUCGCUGGCAUUCCCUGUGGAACGUCAGGCAGAUCCCGGGUGCGUGGAUACAAUCGAAGAGAGCCCCUCUUGUACCUUUGGUGGGCUGUGCGAUUGCGAGAGCUUUGUCAACGCACCCGAGAGCUCGGGCUGCAAUGGCUUCUAUGCAAGCGCUUUUGGUGACAUCGAGAUCCGAUCUGUCUGUGCCAAUUAUUGUGGAUGUGAUGUGACAACAGCUGCUGCCAUGGACAGUGACAUACCACCAACAAUUUCUGCUACAGAAGCACCGGGACAGGUCUUCACCAGCUGCAAGGACACCCUGGCUGACAACCCAGCUUGUAUAUUUGGAAACCUCUGUGAAUGCGAGGAAUUUGUUAACCUGCCAGAAAGUGGUGGUUGCGGCGGAGUGUACAGCACAGAGAUGGGUGAUAUUGUUGUGAGUGAUGUCUGCGCAGCAUACUGUGGUGACUGCGCAGAAGUUUCGUUGGAAGAACUUUUUCAGGAAGCCUACCAGGAGGUUGUGACUAUGAGCUUCCAUGAUAAGUGCCUCUUCUCUACCAAGGAAUGCCAGUCGCUUUUGUCCAAUAUGUAUUCUUGCGCUGAGGAGAAACCUGGGAUCGAGACAUUGGACCCUCUGAUUCGCAAUUUCGUUGUGACGAGAGGACGGAGUGUUGCUCUCGAGAGCGCCAAACUGGGACACCCGACUCUUCAUGUGGAUCAAGAAGAUCAAGUUGUGGGGAUGUGCCCUGAAGUGGAUCCCACGGUGUCGCCUGAACCCCCCACUCCAAGUCCGACCGUUGCCGAUGAACCCGCCGUUGAAGCUGCUGAGGAAGUUGUGCCUGAGGAGGCUCCUGCUGCAACUACUUCUGCUGAUUGCGAGAAUACUCUGAGUAGCAACCCAGCUUGUACCUUUGGAGGAUUGUGCAGUUGCGAGGAACUUGUCAAUGCGCCUCAAGUUGAGGGCGACGGAUGCGAUGGUGUGUACAAGAACUCUUUUGGAGAUAUUGCUAUUCUCUCCGUGUGCGCCAAGUACUGUGGCUGCCCAGAUAAGGAACCUCCUGCUGUUGCUGCCCCUAGCGGUCCCUCCUUUUGCUUCUCCGAGGAUUCGACGGUCGAGGUACUUGGAAAAGGAACAGUUUCAAUGAAGCAUCUCAAUGUUGGUGACAAGGUCCAUGGAGCUCAUAGUACCUAUGAACCAGUGUAUGGCUUUGCUCACUACGACAGAGCCGGGAAGACAGAGUUUCUAAAGAUCCACAUGAAAGGCAACAAUUGGGGGCCACUUGAAGUGACAGGAGAUCAUUUGGUAUACGUUAACGAGAAGUUUCUUCCUGCAAAGUCUGUCCAAGUUGGCGAUUCGCUGCAGGUGGAAGACGGCUCUGCGGUUGUUACCAAGAUCACUCGAAGGUGGAAAACGGGGCUCUACGCUCCUCUUACACCUUCCGGAACUCUUCUUGUUAACGGUGUCAAGGUAUCGUCCUAUGUUACACUCACGAGAGAUAAAGAUC